AUGGACUCCAGUCUCGAGUUCCUCGGUUCCUUUGACGUUUCUGACUCUCAAGGCACCGUAGUAGCAUCUGCGGAGGAGGUUGACGAGGCACAGGAGGAGGAGGAGUUGUUUUCGGUCCGUUGUCGUACUCGACCAACGCCUGGUACAGAUAGCUCUGGGGACGAGGAGGAGGAGGAGAAGGCAGGAGAUGAAGGGGUGAUAGAUGCUACAGCUCCACCGACAAAGAAAAUGAAGGCUGCCAAGAAGGCUGCUAAGAAGCCCGUUCGUGAGACUAGAGAACUCCCGCCUGUACUAGAUUUCGACAAUAUCUUUCGCCACUACAAGGAUGGACACCCAGCACAAUCCAACCUUCCCCGUGCACUUCGACUCGACAGUGAACUAUCACCAUUGACAAUUUUCACACUCUUCUUCUCCGACCCAGUAUUGACGGAUUUGGCAGACAACACUAACGCAUAUGCAGCAUCAAAAGGAGCCGGCACAGGAGAGGGAUCGCGCCAAUGGGUAAAGACCACACCUGACGAACUGCGCACAUUCCUCGGCAUCAUUGUCUACAUGGGCGUGUUCAGGCAGAACUCUGUCUCUGAGUAUUGGUCAACCUUCCCUGAAUGUCCUCAACACAACAUCACUACCUUCAUGUCCCUCGUCCGCUUCGAACAACUGAAGCGUUUUUUUCAUGUCUCCAACCCCAACGAGCCUGAGCAACAUUGGUUCUCAAAAGUAGAGCCUCAGACUUCAUCCGGCCCAGAGCGAGCAGCCGACGUCGAUGGCGCGGGCAUGUCUACUCACACAACAACAUCUACACGGCAGGCUUCAUCCAGCCCAAAACGAGCAGCCGACGUCGACGAUGCGGACACCGCCGACACUGCUUCCUCUAACAAACGCCUCCGACCCCUCCAAAUCAGCUCCGGGUCGUCGACUCUCGUUGAAGACAUGCAGCGAUUGCUGGCAACACAGCCAUCCCAGAUUCGGUUCGACGAGAGCGGCGCUCUGACCACAAUCUGCGCCCAGGAAAAGGUCAUUGAUUUUCGAUCUGUCGGAGCCGCAAUUGAGAAGAUUCUCUCCUCACGAUUGUCUAAGGACAUCACAAUGCUCCAUAUGGAUGGUCUACGAUCAAUGGAGAAGGAAUGGGCGCACGGCAAACGAGAUCAGGCGCUGUCCAAGCAGUUGGAAACACUUGAACGAGAUUACACGGAGGGCAAGCUGCACAACAAAAGACAGCUAUACAAACGCCUGAAGGCGUCGUACCGAGCACCACCGGAGGCAUUGCGCGCCGUUUCGGAAGUACUGCGUCAGAGUGGAUGGACGAUUUGCCAAUGUCUCAACCAAAGCGACACGUGCAUUGCGCGGACAGUCAACAACGCUGCCGUACCCGGAGAUAUCCGAGUUAUCACCAAGGACUCCGAUCUCAUGGCAUUCGAGUCAAUCAUGUCCGUCACCAUGCCAGUCAAGAACACUUGGACUACUUUCCACAAAGAUGAGCUUCUGAACGAGCAUGGCCUUCCGACCCCUGUACAUCUAACGCUUGCCGCUCUGGUAUCGAACAACGACUACACCAACGGAGUUUUUUCCUAUGGCUUGACAUCCAAUGUCGAUACGAUCCGUCAGUUCAAGAUGACAGGUCUUGAUGGAACGGUUGGCCAAGAUCGAGUGGAGGUGGUUCGGAUCUAUGUUAGGCGCUACCUUGACAUAAUACACCAAAAGGCCCGUACAAUCAAGGACUCAGCCACCCAAAGCGCACGUCGUCGACUGCGAUGCAAUCCUAACCCAACGGUGAAGGCACACGACAAGGAUCUGAGGAGGAUCGAAACGGCCGAUCGACAGCUGCGUGUAGAUGUGACAGAAUUCGGCCAUGCUCUCAAGACAUUCGUGCUUUGCGAGGAAACCACUCUGGACAACAACAGGAUCAGCCCGGCGGCCGAUACACACACACGACUGAUGGCCAUAAUUAAGGAAACAGAAUUCAACAAAGCCUACAAUGAUUGGCGUCGCUUUUCCGCGAGUCGGACGGGAUCGUUGCCGCCUGGGCUGCUAGUAGAUCCAGCUUCUCAGGGGGCGGCGACAGACGCAGAGGCAACGCCACCACCACUCCCAACGGCACCCAAGGCAGGAUCAGCACCAUAUCCGCAAGCUACAUCAGCGGGAUCACCUUCCAUCAGGCAGACGCAUGGCCCAGCCGAACAUCCACCAUCGCACAAGCAAAAGAUUAAAAAACAACGCCGACAUGGUUCACGUGCCCUCCAGCGGCGACGACAGAAGUGGCGUCGUUCCAGAUUCCGCUCGCGCACAGACGUGCAAGAUCGCUAUGUGCCGGACACUGUUUUCCUAGAAAAGGCCAGCCCUGUUGAUGUCGUGGAACUUUCAGGAUUGAAGCCGUCGACCCCCCGUCCUUCAAAGCCCAAGGAGCAAUCCCCCCGUAUCGACCAAGUGCCUGCCCCCGCUGCCAAGAAGAAAAAGAAAAAACUCCUUGGCGAACCUAAAGGAAUAGCUGGACCCAAGGCCUUGAAGAGAGCGUUCCAGUCUGUUUUCGCAACGGUCACGCUCACGACUGGAUCCCUGCAAGGCUGCCUAGGAAGAUCAACCAAUCUGUCGAAAGCAGAGGUUGCGCAGCUAACCCAACACGUGAGUUCGGCAGUCUCUACCGUCAAUAGCGCCAAACACAUUGUGUACAAGCUUAUCGAGAUGCGCAUUCUACAGCCGCUGAUCGAGACUGGACUGAACCAGGCAGAGGAUGGACCGGACGAGAGCUUCCUAGAGAAGAUCCUGGAUUCCGAUUGGGCGGAAAGGUUUGUCCAAAACCUACUGUCCUUCGUCUUGAGGAAUUCCAUUGUCCCCCAAGGACGUCCACCCGCGUCGGACAAGAGCAAGGAUGCUGUCGCUGAAGCAAUCUCGACGUUUAACGAGUUCAAGAAGACGCUGUGCCCAGGGUUCAAAGCCCUCAACUCAACGGAUCUGGCUUUGAGUAAUAUCAUCGCGGAACUUGCACCCAAGAUCUGCCUAGAUCAGAAACUGCAUUACAGGAGAAUACCGGAGACUCUUAGAACAAAGCUGUCCAUUGAUUGCGAUGGUCUUCCUGAAAUAGAUCAAGAUGGCACCGACGCUGGUGGUGAUGCCGGGGCUGCUGACGUUAACGAGGGUGUGGACGACGACGACGCCCUCAAGCGAUCCAAGAAGAUCAUUUUCAAGCCGGGUCAUAUUCAACUCUGCUGGCGAUAUUUCCUCCUCUUACCAUCAUCCAAGCGGCCCCGGUUCUGCACCCAGGCCAAAAUGAGCGAUUCCUUCAUCGACAUCAACGAGGAAGCGUUGGUUGCGCUUCUCUGGGGAGAGAAGGCAGUUCAGUUGGACAACGUAUGGGAGGACACCCGCUACACUCACAACUGGGCAGCGGCAAAACAGCGUUCUUCGUACGGAGAUGUGAUCAAAGAACUAUUCAUCGGUGACCGAGAUGUCAUCAAGGAAGCCAGGAAUAAGCAGCAGACGACAUACGGGAAGAGGACAACAACCAUGGCUGAGCGUGAGGAGGCCCAUCCACACAUCUACGGACAGUUAGAGCUCGCACGGUAUUUGACGAAUAAGGUCAAUUUUUUCCGAGAACGGCACAACGCCUCCCUCACGGCCCCGACACCACCGUUGCCAUCAUCAACGUCAUCGUCAUCGACGACCUCCACCCCACCGCCUCUUCCCACCCCACGUCAGCAGCCGCGUUCUUACCGCUACGCCCUCAACAACUAUAUCAGGACGGAUGGCCACCAGCUGCAGAUUCUCGCGUAUGACCUUACAAAACCCCGCCAAUCCCCAAAUUACAGUGAGUUUCUUUCUAGGAUCGAGAAGCGUUAUCCAACGCGGCAGCAUCUUAUCGACGCGUUUGGCGACGACCUGGAUUCAGUCAUUGUCGUCGGUAUUGAUCCCGGAGAGGUAGUGAGUGGUGCAUUUUGUUUGACACUUCCCGGUGGAAAAGUCAUCAAUCUGCUGAUCAAGAGGGCCUCCCUAUACCAGCCUACUCUGGCCUUCCGAGAUUGGGAACAGCAUUGGAAAAGGCGACACCCAACAGCUGGUCCAGGCGAUGUUGUCGACUCAUCCCUUUGGACACGGAUUACCGACCUGGACAAGCUCACCACUCUCCCGUCUGUCCACGACCUAGAGAAUUCUCUCCCCUCAACAAACUACGACACCUCGUUGGAUGCUUUGACGGCAGCUCACAAGAAGUACUACGAGCAGGAACCGCUGAUCCACGGGAUUUACGCGUCAAGAGAAUGGAAGGUAGCGGUUCACGAGCACAGAAUGGCGAAAAUGUCGGAGUUGGAUCUGGCCGUCGCUGGCGUUUUGCGGAUGGUGGAUGAGGCAUGUGAGGGCGUACCCGUCCACCAAAGAAAAAGUGCUGCGCUCGGAUACAAGGCUGCCCUGGUCGACGAGUAUCUUACUUCCACCAUGUGUCCAACAUGUGUGGUUGAGAACCGAGCCACCCGCCUCGCCAAGCCGUCGAUGAGGACAUGCGCCUGUGUUGAGUGCACUCGGUGGAUUCACCGAGAUGGAGUGGGGGCGCACAACAUCGCUUUGAUCGGAGAACAGUACCUCAAGUCUCUAGGACGGCCCGAGCCCCUUGCAAGACCCCCCAAACAAACCAAACCUCUAUAG